GCCAUCUUUGCUUCGUUGAAGGGCAAAGCAAAGCGUUGAAUUUUUGUUGCCUAUUAGCACGUUGCAGGGAUGCCGAUCACAAAUGAAACGUGGCUCCCUAGCUAUGACGAACUCACUGUUCCCGAACUUAAUCUUUCCACUCCAGCACUUAGGGCAGGCGCGGCGUAUUUUGGGAAAUACUGCGACUUUCAGUCAAAGGAGUUCAUGCUGUGUAUCGCUGAGGAGAAAGACCCAAGAAAAUGUCUCAACGAAGGGAAGGAGGUGACGCGAUGUGGCAUUGAGUUCUUCAAGAAAGUGCGAGGAACGUGCAUGGAAGAAUUCACUGCAUUUUCAAGAUGUAUUGACCGCGAUAGCGAGACAUGUACUUUCCGAAAUUGUAGAAAAACACAGAAGGUAUAUGACGCGUGUAUGGCAGAAAAAUUUGGAAUGGAAAAACCGCCCCUAGGUUAUUUUGCGAAGGUACGAUUACACGAAUCAAAGCGGCCCAGACCAGCGCCACAUGUACCAGACGUUCCGGAGGAAACGCCAGCGCCACCGACCAAAGAAACAAUGGCGUCCAUGCCGGCGCCACCGACUGCAAAAAGUCGCGUGUGGUAAAUUCUUGGACGAUUUAGGGCAAUUUGUAAAUACGUGUGGAGUUUUCAAUAUCUAAGGAACAGUCAAUCAGUUGAACUAGAAAUGUGGCCAUUUUUAUUUUGGGAUUUUUGACAUUGCAACUUUUGGCAUUUGUAAUUUAGUGUUUCGACACCGCCAUACCAAUAAUUUAGAUAAAGAUUUUCAUUUUCGCACUGAUAUAAAUAGGGGUGUCUAUCAAUGCAAAAAUGCAAAAAUAAAAGGUAUGUGAAUAUUUGGGGUUUACGGUAUGCCCAAAUGGCUCAGGAUGUAACAGAAUCUGUUGAGAAUUGUCAGAAACUGCAGACUGUACUGUGUGGCAGGCUGUUCGGAACAAUGUUCAAUUAGAGUUUGAUUGAGAUUAGCUGAUCAGUGUGGACCAGUUCAACACUUGCUCUGUAGGCUGUAUCAAUAAACCAUUGUCAUGUUA